GGGCCGCGGCUAAGCAUUACGCGGUAUAUACGAUGGGACUUUUCUCUCUCGCUCCCCAACUUUAAUUUUCUCAGUGACUGCCUUCUCAUUCUUCUUCUUCAUCUUAACUUCGCUUUCUCUGCAAUUUCCUAGAGCCACAUCUCGAAAUCCUGCUGAGAAGAGAUCAUCUCUGUUCCUUUCUAAAACAGAUUUUAAAUUGUUUUAGAGUCUCCUUCUUUGUCAUUUUAUUUGAGAGAGAGAGAGAGAGAGAGCUGAGAUGGGAGUCUUGUCUUUGACGUCUCUGCCGUUGGGCUUCAGAUUUCGCCCCACCGACGAAGAACUCAUCGACUACUAUCUCCGCCUCAAGAUCAAUGGUAAACAUAGGGAAGUCAGAGUCAUUGAAGAGGUCGAUGUCUGUAAAUGUGAACCCUGGGAUUUGCCCGGUAAAUCAGUGAUACAGUCUAAUGAUCCAGAGUGGUUCUUCUUCUGCCCGCAAGAUCGAAAGUACCCGAAUGGUCACCGGCUAAACAGAGCAACGGCAGCAGGGUACUGGAAAGCCACUGGCAAGGAUCGUAAAAUAAAGUCUGGAGUCAAUUUGAUUGGCAUGAAGAAGACUUUGGUCUUCUAUACAGGGCGGGCUCCUAGGGGCCAGAGGACUCACUGGGUUAUGCAUGAGUACCGUGCCACCCUGAAGGAGCUGGAUGGCACCAAACCUGGCCAGGGAGCAUUUGUUCUUUGCCGUUUAUUUAAUAAGCAAAAUGAGAGAAAUGCAGUUUCAAACUGUGAUGAAAAUGAAAUUGAACCUACCGUUUCGUCUCCUACUACAACAACCAAUUCUUUUCCUGAAGAGGAGCAGUCAGAACAGGCAUUGGCCGAAGUGACUCCAGUUUUGGAGAGUUUUCUUGAGAAGGACUCCACAAAGGCUGAAGUUUGUGUACCUGAGAAUUCUGACAGAAUGAUACCCGACAUUCGGAUGCCAGUUCAGUGUCACGGCAGCACCUGUGGUGCUUAUGAAGAUCUUUUGGUGCAAGCAGUAGUCCCUGUGGAGGAUCCACAGCUCGAAGAAGACUUGAACAUGUUUUUUGCCCCGUUUGAGCCAGAAGAUCAAAAAAUUUUCUCUCCAUUACAUUCUCAGAUGCAUGCAGAACUUGCCUGUUCUUACUUGAAUUACCCUGUGAUCAGCGACUUCAGCAACUGCCAUAAUGGGGUGCAGUUUCAGUAUGGCACGAAUGAGGAGGAUGCUUUCCUGGAUUCUGUCCUUAAUAAUGCAGAUGAAAACUCUUGUGAAGAGUUUGACAGUGAUAAAAAUUUGACUGCUGGAAGCAAGACCCCAAUGAUUUGUUGUAUUUCAAAAGAGAGUGGAUCAUGCAGCGAGUCAGAUCCCGAGGUGGUCCAAACGCAGUUUGAGCUGGACCUUGAAGUUCAUGGAUUAGCUGAGUUGAAUCCUGGCAGAAAGGCUCCUGUACUAAUGGAAGCAACUCCAAGGGCCGUUAGUGGGACUCGAGCUUCCGCACAAAGGAUCUAUGAACUGCAGAGUAAUAGUUAUUUUUUACACAAUUCCCCUGCUGGGUCUGCUGUGGAACAAUCCUGUUGUUUGUCUGGUGUUGAAGAAUCAAGCAGUCAUUCAAAUACCGUUCAAAGGGGAACUCAUUUUGAAACUGGGAUCAGGAUAAGGAGUCGCCAACUACAGAAUCAGCCAUAUCCCGAAAAUUUUUUAGCUCAUGGAACUGCACCAAGAAGAUUACAUUUACAAAAACAACUUGAUUUUGGGUCCCUGUCAGGGGACCUGAGCCACGUAUCAGACGAUUGUGAAUCAAAACAGACCUUAGCUGAGGCAGGAAAAGCUACAGAAAAUAGUGACCCAGCCAACAAUAGCAAAGAGGAGGUUCCAUCUGUGCUCCCGAAGCCGAAGCCGCCUCCUGCGCGCCUUACAACUUUGUUGCCUCAUUACAUAUCUAGGAUGAUCGUAGUUUUAGUUUUGUUGAUAGCUGUUUUAGGCAUGUGGAAAUUUUGAAGCAGCUAGGGAGCACUUCUUGUUUAUAUCACUGACCCCUUUCUUUUGGGUUUUGUGGGGGCGGGAGGAAGAUGUCUGUGUGCGUGUGUAUGUUGGUAAUAGGGAAUUAGGGAUUUUUAUUUUUAUUUUUAUUUUUAUUUUUUAUGUUUGUUAUAUAUUAUUGUGCUGUUAUUCUGUGUACCUAUGUAGUGGUAAAAAUAGUUUAGGUGAAAACUCUGUUAAAAUAUAGCUUUCGCGUUGGGGCCGUAGUGUUGAGGUAUCAUAUUUUUGCACUGCUUUGACAUAUGAAAGCUGUGAACUAGACAGAGAGGUGUCUCUGCAUCGCGCUUAUAUAACUAUGAGGAUGUGUUAGAUAUGUAAUAAUAUUUUAUAUGUAUAUAUAUAUUAACAGAGUUUUCACUGAUUAA